AUCCCAGCUUCGAUAUUGUCACUUCUAAAUAUUCAGCGCUUCACGAGCCAUCACCACAAUCCUAUCACUGGUUCGCGUCAUCCUUCCGCUCGAUCCCUGCCAGCCAUUCUAUCAUUUCUUUGGCUUCUUCUUAUCUUCAAUUGCCAUAUAUUCCUCCGCGCUCGCAGCCGACAAUGCUUCCACAGGGUUCAUCAUUCCUUCAACAGCCCUCAUACGCGAUUGGCAAGAAGCGGUCUCACGAGGAGGCUGCACAUAACCUCGAGCCAGAUGUGUCAACCCGUAUUUCCCAAAAUGGUUGGACGAAUGGUGAGGGAAUCUUGCUCGUUAAACCAUGUGCGGUUUCUAUUCUUGAAGCAGAUAUCCCUCCAGGUAUUGAGCUUGACGACGUGAUCACUGAACAGGAAGGGAAUGGAUUACCAAGCGGCCGACAACUAAGGAAUCACAAGUCUCAGAGGCUCCUUAAUGGGAGCGACCACGCAUCAUCCAGCAAAACGAUAGCGGCGAUGACAUCGACAAGCUCGGAUGCUCCAGAAAGCGGUAUUCAUGACGAGGUAGUCAUCGACCAAUUUACACUUCACCUUGGAAUUGGUUGGAAACAAAUCAAAGAUGGUGACCAUAUUCAAGCCGCUGCGAGGGGGUGGGCACGGUUUAUUGAGAAUAACUUUCCUCUCACUAACGUUAAUAUCCUGCUUGAAAGCAAGGGCCUGCAGUCAUAUCUGGUCGAGUCAACAGAGGGCUUUUACCUCUUUGCAGAAAACUUACGUCAAGGGCAGCUAGUUAGUAGGCAUGCUGCUGGGGCAAUACAAAAUUUACAAACUAACCCACCAAAAUUUGAGACAAAAGAUAUAUUAAGAAUCUAA